AUGUCGGCCCGCUCCCUCCCUCCCUCCAUCACGUGUGGCCCCGCCCCUGCCCCCCAGCGCGAGGGCGCUGACCUGCUGGAGGGCAUCGGGCAGCGCGCCAAGGCGGGCGGGCGCUACAGCAAGCCGGGCGUUGCGUCGGGCCGCACUUUCACCAGCCGCUUCCGUGGCGUGCACCAGACGUUCCCCACGCGGCGCUGGGAGGCGCAGUUUCGGCGCUCAGGCAAGCCCACCAGCCUGGGCUGCUUUGACCGCGAGGAGGACGCUGCCCGCGCCUACGACCGCAUGAUGCUGUGGGUGGAGAUGCAUGGCGCUGGGCCGGCCACCAAGGCGGGAGUGACAAACUUUGACGUCAGCCAGUACGCGGAGGAUUUGCCCUGGCUUGCAGGGGUCACACAGGACGAGUUGAUUGAGGCGCUGCGCACCGAGGGGCGCAAGCAGGCUUCGACGCGCGCUCGCCCUGUCCCUUCCUCAGGCGCUACCACGGGCGCCGCUGCACGUGCCGGCUCCACCACACCAGAGCCUGAGAGCGAGUGGGGCGGCGAUGACGACGACGACGACGAGGAAAGCGGGGCGAGGAACAAGCGGCGACGUGUGAGCCAAGGACUGAAUGGGAGCCAGCAGCAGCACCAGCAGCAGCAGGAGGAGCAGGAACAGGAGCAGGAGCAGCAGCAGCAGCAGAAGCUGUUGGAUGCACCAAGUGAUGACCAACAGCGGCAGCAGCAGCAAGGCGAUGGCCCUGUGGAUAUGCAGGAGCGCUGGCAACAGCAGCUGUACAGCCAGGCAGAGCAGGGCACGGUGUCAGGACUCGGCGUGGUCACGGAGGCCCCGCAGCUGCUGGUGCCCACUGCCCUGCAGCUGCUGCUGCUGCUGCUGCUGCUGCUGCUGCUGCUGCUGCUGCUGCUGCUGCUGCUGCUGCUGCUGCUGCUGCUGCUGCUGCUGCUGCUGCUGCUGCUGCUAAUGUUGCUGCGACUCCUGCUGCAGGUCUGGUAA